GGAACUUCUCUUCUCAGUAAUUUUGUGUUGCUGCUAUGGUAAUGCUACGUAGGAGCUGGUACGUUUCCGUUUUCAUCGCGUCUUUCCCAUUGCAAAAGUCAGGUCUUGUUGUCCCUUCUUGCUAUCCGUCCGUACCGUACGAAUUGGUCUCCUGCUUAGAAAUGGCUGAAGCUCCCCCACGGCCCUGCCGGUUUUUUUGUCACCGGUGUUCAGCAGAGAUAAGUCCGCGUUUACCGGACUACACCUGUCCACGCUGUGAAUCUGGCUUCAUUGAGGAAUUGCCUGAGGAAAGAAGUACUGAAAAUGGGUCCGCAUCCACAUCCUCCACCAGUGAUCAGAGCCGCUCAGCCUUUGAGAACAUGGAUCACCAACAUUUAUUCACAUUUCCCUCUGGGUAUGGCCCCUUCGCACUCGGGAUCUUUGAUGAAAACUUUGACCUUCGAACGCGGCUACCCACAGAGGACAACCGAGAGACAGAAAACAGGAGAGAACGGGAAAUGGCCUCACGGCAACGAUACAGUGCGCGGCAACCGCGGGGUCGACAUGUUCCUCGACGACAGGGUACGCGCCAUGAAGGAGUGCCCACAUUAGAGGGAAUCAUCCAGCAGCUAGUAAAUGGAAUCAUAGCACCUACAGCCAUGCCAAAUAUUGGGAUGGGACCAUGGGGCAUGCUACAUUCCAAUCCAAUGGACUAUGCCUGGGGCGCCAAUGGACUUGAUGCCAUCAUUACACAGUUAUUGAACCAGUUUGAAAACACAGGUCCACCUCCCGCAGACAGAGAGAGGAUAAAGAGUUUACCCACCAUCUCCAUCACAGAGGAACAUGUUGGUGCUGGUUUAGAGUGUCCUGUGUGCAAAGAGGACUACAGCGUUGAGGAGAGUGUUAGACAACUACCAUGCAAUCAUUUGUUUCACAAUGACUGUAUAGUACCAUGGCUGGAGCAGCACGAUACGUGUCCUGUGUGCAGGAAGAGUCUUAGUGGACAGAACACAGCCACAGAUCCACCAGGGUUAUCAGGAAUGAACUUCUCUCCCUCCUCCUCCUCCUCUUCCUCCCCGAGUUCACCUAGCAAUGAGAAUGCUGCCAGCAACUCAUAGAUUUUCACAGUCACCACCGCCACCUCAUAUCUGAAAACCUCACACCCAACUGAGACCCAACAGCUCCUCUCUACAGCUGAGACCAGGACAGUCGUCUGUCUCAAUUCUAGGGGGCGAUAUGAGUCGAGGUGAACUCUGAAUAUGUUGCAGACUAUUAGUCAUCAUCCCCUCCACCCUCCCACCCCACGCUGAACGAACACCGGGUCCAGCUCCUGCUGCUAUUCUUACUGAGCGUUUGAGGAGGUGGGACUGGGCAGUGUUGAAAGAGGAUCCAGAAAGGCUGUGAAUAAUAAUAAUAAUAACAACAACAACAACAACAACAACAAUAAUAAUAAUAAUGAUAAUAAUAAUAAUAAUAAUAAUAAUAAUAAUAAUAAAAGUGGGAGUGUGACCAGAACUGGGACAGAGCUUGAGCCAGAGUGGACUGCUUUUUGACAGAGACAUGUCUUUGCCACGAGGCUGGGACACAUUUUAUAUUUAAAAGACAAAAUGUUCUUUUUUAAAAACAUUGCCUGUGGUGGUGCAGAGUCCAUAGAUGUGUAGAUAGAGAAUUCAUUUUGAACUGUCAGCCGCUGUACAGCUAAUGGAUCAAACUAAAACCUUGUGGAAAGGAAACUGAGUGUAUGCAUCUAAUUUUUAUUUAUUUGCACCUUUUGUUUUUUUUAUUUUGCACAAAAUUCUGUCUGAUGUUGAGAAUGUGAAUUUGGUUAAACUACUGAACAAAACCUUUUUUUUUUUUUUUCAUUUUUGCAUUGAAAAAGUCUUGUUUUUGUUAUUUUGCGCUUGAUCCAGUGUAUUUGGUGUAUCUUGACAAGGUAAAGAUCCUCACAGCUCAACAGUGGACACAUUUUUAUUCCUCAAGUGAAAAAUUUCACAAACCUACUUAUUUAUUGAACCCUUGCCCAAGACAGACAUGGAGCAAUGUUAAAGAAAAAAAAAACAUUAAAAAAGGCAUGGGAUCAUCUUACCUCUAAGGAACUGGCCAAAUGUGUUUCACGAAACAAGUGUUUAUUAUUUUAUUUACUGAUUUUUCGUACAAUCACAAUAAAGUGCUAAAACAAAUGAA